AUGUUCGUUAGUCAUUCACGCUUUCAGGCACACACAAGAAUUCACAGUGGAGGAGAUUUUGAUGAAUGGAAGCAAUUUAAAAGAACUUCAGUUCCCCCACCCAGCCAUGCUGAGCAUGUGCAAACACACACUGUUAAAAAAGCCUAUGAAUGUAAGGAAUGUGGGAAGACUUGCACAGAUUUGAAAAGCCUCAAUAAACACAUCAUUCAACUUCACACUGGAACAAAACCAUUUCUGUGUAGUGAAUGUGGAAAAGCUUUCAAUACUUCCUCUUGCCUUUAUGUACAUUUGAGAAUUCACACUGGAGAGAAGCCAUAUAAAUGUAAGGAAUGUGGAAAACACUUCUCUUGGCUGUCAGCCUUUCAUGAUCAUGUUCGGACUCACACAGGUGAAAAGCCUUAUAAAUGUAAGGAAUGUGGGAAAGCCCUCAGUAGUUCCUCAUAUCUUAACUAUCAUUUGAGAAUUCACACUGGAGAAAAGCCCUUUGAGUGUAAGGAAUGUGGGAAAGCCUUUACAACUUCCUCACAACUUAAGUUACAUUUGAGAAUUCACACUGGAGAGAAGCCAUACAAAUGUAAGGAAUGUGGGAAACGCUUCUCUUGGCUGUCAGUUCUUUGUAAACAUGUUCAAAUUCACAGUGGUGAGAAGCCCUAUAAAUUUAAGGAAUGUGGGAAAGCCCUCAGUCGUUCCUCAGUACUUAAUGCACAUCUGAGUAUUCACACUGGAGAGAAACCCUAUGAAUGCAAGGAGUGUGGGAAAUCCUUCCCUCUUUCUUCAAGCUUAAUUAGACAUUUAACAAUUCAUACAGGAGAGAAACCCUAUCAAUGUAAGGAAUGUGGGAAAGCUUUUGCUUGGCGCUCAUUACUUAAAAAACAUUUACAAACUCACAGUGGAGAGAAGCCCUGUAAGGGUGAAUGUGGGGAAUUCUUCAGUACUUCCUCAUACAUAAAUGACCAUUUGAGAACUCCAGGUGGAGAGGCACCCUAUGAAUGUAAGGACGGCAGGAAAGUCUUCACUACUUCUCAAGCCUCAUUCAACAUUUAAUAAUUCACACUAGA